AUGUACCUCCAAUCCCUAACAACCACCACCCUCCUCCUCCCCCUCCUCCUCCUCACCAGCACCCACGCAACAUCAACCACCCCAUCCCCGAACGCCGACGAAUUCACCCAACUCAACUGCCCCAACACCACAACCCCCACCGCGACCCCCGCCGAGCAACUCGCCGCGUGGACCACCUUCACCAACCUGAUGUACACCGAGCACCGCCUCACCGACGCACUGAGCCACUACGUCGCCGGGAAAUACAUCAACCACUCACCGCUGGUGGCCGGCACAGGCGUGACCGAGACGGCCGCGGAGCUGACGAACCUCGUGCCGGACGUGACCUCGCAGCUGCAGCGGGCGUUCGUGGGGUGGGACGCAGCGGGCAAUGCGUUUGGCGUGGCGCAUACGCGGGUGAUCCCGAAUCCGAAGGAGGAUGGGGCGGAGGGAGGGGAGUCGGCGCUCGUGGAUAUUAUCCGCAUGGUCGGGACGUGUAUGGUGGAGCAUUGGGAUGUAGAGCAGGCGGUUGGUUCUAAGGGGGAGGGGGGGAAUCCGAUUGCUUUCUUUUAG